AAAAUUAAAUUAUUUUACGAAAUUAAUAAAUUCCACAAAUAAAUAGAAGGUUUUUUACAGUCUAGUUUUCAAGAAAAGACUUUGUACACUAACAAUAAUAAAUAUCAUUCAAAUUUGAUAUAUAAACACCGAACCUGAGGAACAUAUUAUUGUUCAUGUGCUAUUGAGCGAGAGAUCAUUCUCCGAUGAUGAUAAUGCCGAGGGAAAAUAAUGUUGUUGCAUUAAUGUUCGGGAUUUUGGCCCUCAGUACUCUUGGUUUCUACCUUGAAGCUUCAGUUGCAGAGGCAAAAAACAAGGCUCAGUGCUUGCCUUCUUCUUGUGGAAAUAUCGGUAACAUCAGCUUCCCUUUCCGACUGAAAGACGUCGACCCUCCUUAUUGUGGAGACAAAAGAUUCGAGCUCUCAUGCGAGAAUAAUCGCACCACUUUGUACUUGAAUAAUAAUUCUCAUAAGUUUUAUGUCCUAAACAUUUCUUAUGGAGAAGCAUGUUAUUAUUCUUCACUCCAAGUGAUAGACGCAAAUCUAGACGGAAAUAUGUGUUAUUUUCCUCUCAAUCCUAUUCAGUUGCCUCGUUACUAUCUUAGUGAUUUUAACUAUAUUACAAUUGUGAAUUGUAGGGAACCAGCAGUUAACUCAUCUAUAUAUAUAGAUGCAUCCCCUUGCAUCAAUUUCAAUUCCUCCUCCUCUUCUAAUUCCCCCAAAUCCUACUUUUAUGUGUUAUCUUCCGAUUCAUUGGUAGCCGAUAUUAAUUGGGACUCGUGCUACGUCCAAGUUUCGUAUCCUGCUACAGAAUUUGAUACUACUGGCAAGACUAUUGUUGAAAUUUGUCAACAAUAUUUAUUCAUGGGCUUUACAUUUCAUACUUCCGAAUACGGUUGCGGUUUGCACUCUUUGACAUGGAAACAGAGGAUUGAGAUAUUUUUCAUCAAUCUGUUGAUGUUUUUCGUCUAUCUGUGGUCUAACCAUAGAAGGACAGUGAUUGGUUCCGCUAUAUUCUUAGGAGCAAUAAUUGUUGGAAGAACAUUAUUAGGCUUUUUGUGUCUAUUUGCACUUUGCAAGCGCAGAUUGAGACAGAGGCAUUUAUCUGGGGAUGAUACAAUUGAAGAAUUUCUUCAAAGUCAAACUAAUUUGAUGCCUAUAAGGUACUCCUACUCACAAAUUAAACAAAUGACUAAAGUAUUCACAAGCAAAUUAGGUCAAGGGGGCUAUGGCGCAGUGUACAAAGGAAAGCUCCGAAGUGGUCAUCCUGUUGCCAUAAAAGUGUUGAAUAUGUCAAAAGCCAAGGGGCAAGAUUUUAUCAAUGAAGUUGCCACCAUCGGAAGGAUUCAUCAUGUUAAUGUGGUGCGACUUAUUGGAUUUUGUUUUGAUGGUUCAAAACAAGCUCUUGUAUAUGAGUUCAUGCCAAAUGGAUCUUUGGAUAAUCUUAUCUUUUCUAAUAAAGAAAAGAGUGUACAAUUAAGUUGGAAGACAAUGUAUGACAUAGCAAUUGGAGUUGCUCGAGGAAUUGAAUACUUACAUCGAGGGUGUGACAUGCAAAUUCUUCACUUUGAUAUCAAGCCACAUAAUAUUCUUCUUGAUCAAAAUUUUGUCCCUAAAGUUUCAGAUUUUGGGCUUGCCAAAUUGUUUCCAGUAGAUGAUAGUAUUGUAUCUAUCACUGCAGCAAGAGGAACAAUGGGAUAUAUUGCCCCAGAGUUAUUCUAUAAAAACAUUGGUGGUAUCUCAUAUAAGGCGGAUGUGUAUAGUUUUGGAAUGAUGUUGAUGGAAAUUGUGGGAAGAAGAAAGAAUCUGAAUGCAUUCACAGAACAUUCAAGUAAGAUAUACUAUCCAUCAUGGAUUUAUGACCGAAUGAAUCAAGGACACAACUUGGAGUUGGAAGUUGACACCGAGGCUGAGACACGAAUAGUGAUGAAGUUGCUUAUUGUUGCAUUUUGGUGCAUACAAAUGAAGCCCAUGGAUCGUCCUUCAAUGGGAAAGGUGCUAGAGAUGCUAGAAGCAGAAGUUGAGACCCUUCAAAUGCCUUCCAACCCAUUUUUAUAUCCUGACGAGAUGUCAAAUGAUGCAAAUGACUGAAUUGUUCUCGACUGAGCUAGUUCUAUUGAUAUUUACAUUCUCAAACAUAAUGGAAUUGAUAAAAGGGAAGAAGUAUUAGCUUUUAUUUGAGAUAUAAUUUACUUUUUAAAAGAAAAAAAUAAAAUCAUUUACAACAAUUACCUUUGCCUCAAAAUCUAAAAUCCAUGAAUGUAAAUGGCUUAUAAACUUUGUCAACCUCACUUGAUGGGGUAUAUUUACUUUUUGAUACUUUGUAUGUAUACAAUCUUCCAUCAACUUUACUUCCAUUCAUACUGA